UUGUAGUAGUUGCCACCAUUCAUCAUCACACACACAUUCAUUCAAUCAAUCCAUCAUAGACACAACAAAACAAAAUGGAUAGGGUAUUCUCCGUGGACGAAAUUCCCGACCACUUAUGGUCGCCGCAGAUUCACGAUUCCGGCGGCGCCACCGAAGAAUCUUCCAACAUGAGUCGCAGCGCUUCCGAAUGGGCUUUUCAACGCUUUCUUCAAGAAGCUGCUACAUCUCCCCUUUCUUCCUCUGUUGCUGAUGAAAACGUCGUAGAUACCCCACCUCUUCCAACGAAGGACGAUGCCGCCGUUUUGAAAAAUGGUCCUCCGCCUCCACAUCCUCCUCCGGUGACCGUUGAUUCGGAGGAAUAUCGUCGAGCUGUGUUGAAGAGUAAGCUGAGUCUUGCCUGUGCUGCUGUUGCCAUGACUAGGGGAUCUUUGACUAAAUCUCAAGAUCUAGCCACUUUUUCUGAGAAUGGAUCACAGUCGUCUAAUCCUACUCAAGUUGGACCUCAGCCCAGUUUUGAAGGAUCUGCUCGUCCUGGAAAUGAUCCACCUAUAUUACAAGAUAAAGAUGCCAAAGUACCACCUGCGAUCCCUUCCAUACCUCCUGUCCAGAAAAAAACUGUUGUUGCAACUAGGCCAUCAACAAGUGGAUCAUCAAGAGAACUGUCAGAUGAUGACGAAGCUGAGGGAGAGACAUAUAUGAAUGACAACACAGACCCUACUGAUGUAAAACGAGUAAGGAGGAUGCUUUCCAAUAGAGAGUCAGCUAGACGCUCAAGACGAAGAAAGCAGGCUCAUUUAACUGAGUUGGAAACACAGGUUUCUCAAUUACGAGGCGAAAAUUCUUCCUUGGUAAAACGCCUCACUGAUGUGAGCCAAAAGUACACUGACUCUGCUGUUGACAACAGAGUACUGAAAGCUGAUGUCGAAACGUUAAGAGCAAAGGUGAAGAUGGCUGAAGAGACCGUCAAAAGAAUUACCGGAUUGAACCCGAUGUUUCAUGUGAUGCCUCCUGAUAUAUCAUCGAUGGGCAUGCCAUCCUUUGAUGGAAGCCCUUCAGACAAUUCAGCUGAUGCGGCUGUCCCUGUGCAAGACGAUCCACAUCAUCACUUCUAUCAACCCGCAUCAAAUAAUCCUAUGCCGUGUCAUGAUAUGAGAGUCAACAAUGGGUUGGGAGACAUUUCAUCAAUUGAAAAUGUACAGCAGAAUAAUGCAGCAGUUGUAGGUGGCAACAAGAUGGGUCAAACAGCUUCUCCCUUGCACCGGGUGGCUAGCUUGGAACAUCUUCAGAAGCGGAUUCGUGGUGGUGUCGAUUCUUGUGGACCAUCUUCUAAUGGAGAGCAGUAAUUAAAUAGCCAUAUAUUGUGGUUGUUGUAGUCAAGAAAUCAUCCUUGAAUACCCAUUUGUGUUGGUUAUUAUUAUAAGUAAUAUCCUAUUCUUAACUACAUUGCAAAUCAAUUUUAAUGGAGCACAUGAUGUUGUAUUCAAUCAGUGUACUCCAUAUCUUCUUUUGGGUAAGAUAAACUUUACCCUCUUUUGUAGAUUUACAAUCUCAACUUAUUCUUCAAAAUGUUUGGUCAAUUAUGGGGAUACAAAGAAUUAAUUUUUUAUGGACCAA